AUGCCGAGAGUAUUGUGGUGCCAGUUUUCAGGCGGGAGUUCGUCUUUGGUCGUGAUCAGACAACUGAAGGUCUUGCUGCUGGUGCCGUUGAUUCUAGGUUGGUCGGCCGGCUGCACAUGGUUGCCCAAGGCGGGGCCGACCCGGGAUGAGAUUCAGACGGCUGCGAAGGCGGACUCCAGCGGAAAGGUGAACUUCGCCCUCGUCGAUGUCAGCCCCGCCUUGGUUGCCGUCCUGGAACGGUCGUCCGAAACCUCUCUGCAGGGAAGCUUCGGCAAUUCGGGCGCUGCGACCGACAGCCGAAUUGGUCAAGGCGACCAAGUUCAGAUCGUGCUGUGGGAGUCCAAUUCCGGCGGAUUGUUCUCGCCAUCCCAGUCGACGAUGGGAGGUGCGGCGCCGACCGGUGCUCGGUCGGUCAUCAUUCCGGAGCAGGCCGUAGGGGAAGACGGCGCUGUUACCGUGCCAUAUGCGGAUGCGGGUACGGCCCCGCUCAGCAACCGGAUCCGGGUUGCAGGAUUGACGCCUCGGCAGGUCGAAGCCGCGAUCGUAAAUCGCCUCAAGGGAAGGGCGAUCGAUGCGCAGGCCGUCGUGACCAUCACGAAAAACAACUCGAACACUGUCAGCGUUCUGGGAGAGGUCACCCAGGGUGCGCGAAUCCCCGUGAGGCGCGGGGACAGGAUCCUAGACGUCAUAGCGACGGCGGGAGGUACGAAGGCACCGGCGCAUGAGGUGUUCCUGACUUUGAUGCGGGAUGGCCGGGCCGUGCGCGUCCCGAUGCAGGCAAUCAUGAGCAGCCCAAAGGAAAACAUAUCCGUCGCGUCGGGGGACGUUAUCACGGUGGCGCGCGACGCCCAGACGUUCACGGCUGUGGGUGCAACUGGAAUGAACAACGUCAUAGCGUUCGACGCGCUUGGGUUCAGUCUGGAGCAGGCCAUCGGAAAAGCCGGCGGGCUCAACGACCAGCGCGCUGAUCCAGGCGGGGUAUUCCUGAUACGCUUCGAGCAGCCAGACGUGUACGAUCAGUUCGGCUAUGCACGGCCCGUCGAGGACGCCGAGGUUCGAGGACGGGUUCCCGUGAUCUAUCGGCUUGAUUUCCGCGAUGCCAGGUCUUUCUUCCUGGCGAGCAGAUUUCCGAUGCGGCACAAGGAUAUCCUGUAUGUAGCCAAUUCUCAUUCAGUCGAGAUUUCCAAGGUCGGCGGAAUUGUUUCCACCUUUCUCAUUCCAGUCGGAACAAUUGUCGCGGUAGGGGCGAUUUCGCGGCAAUAG